GUCAAAAAGCAAUGUGUCAUCCUUGCAGUAAUAACCCCUUAUAAAACCCCAUACCAUAGCCAAGAUAGAGCAUUAGCUCUUACAUACUAAAAUAUUUCUUCUUCUCUCUUUCAAAGAUCUGUCUGUGGAAAUGGCAAACUCCAUGCGCUUCUUUGCAACUGUGUUACUUAUAGCAUUGCUUGUCACGGCUACCGAGAUGGGACCAAUGACAAUUGCAGAGGCAAGAACUUGUGAGUCCCAGAGCCACCGUUUCAAGGGACCAUGCUCAAGAGAUAGCAACUGUGCCACCGUUUGUCUGACCGAAGGAUUUUCCGGUGGCGACUGCCGUGGAUUCCGCCGCCGUUGUUUCUGUACCAGGCCUUGCUAAUUGAGAAUAUUAUCCCUUAAUUAUGUAUGUAAAAGUCACUUAAUUUGAAAUAAGCACUAUGAUUGUUCAAAGAUGGACGUGCUAGCUAGUUUAAUUUCUUAAACUAGUUGUCGUGAUCUUUGAUUGUAUGCAAUUAUGGUGGUAGAAAGGUAUGCAAUUUCGGUGUUGUACUUUUGGUUUUAAGUAACGUUAUGAAUAAUGGUUUCGGCUUAACUUAAUAA